AGCUACUGGUGUUUGUUUGGAAUAAACACUGUCACAGCAAAAUCAACCGACAGGGUUAUAAUCACAGCCAAUGAGUUUGAUGCUAUGGCUGUAUUUCAAGAGCUGAGGCAGCCAGUACUGUCUCUUCCAUGGGGCAAUGAUACUCUGCCACUGGAGGUUUUGCCAUUCCUUGAGCAGUUUGACCAUAUAGUGCUGUGGUUUGGGAAUGACAUCACUGGGUUCAAUGCUGCCAGACAACUGUCUAAGAAACUGGGUUACGAGAGGUGCUCGUUAUUUAGACCUCUGACUCCAGUCCCGACACCCAUGGAUGCUUUGAGACAGGGCAAGAGCUUGUCACGAAUCUUAAAAUUUGCCACACGUGCUGGUCAUCAGUUUAUACAGCACUUUAAGGAUUUGAGAUUUGAGGUCCAGUCAGAGCUCUCUCUUGUGGAGCAAGUCAAGGGAAUUCAGUUUAAAAGAUUCCCACUGUUAAACAAGCUAUUGAAGGGACACAGAAGGGGGGAAUUGACCAUAGUUACUGGGCCCACUGGUUCAGGAAAAACCACCUUCAUCAGCGAGCUGUCCCUGGACCUCUGCAUACAGGGUGUGAACACUCUAUGGGGAAGUUUUGAAAUCAAGAAUGUACGUUUGAUGAAAACAAUGCUGAUCCAGUUUGCAAGGAAAAACCUAGCCACUCACUUUGCAGAAUUUGAUAAAUAUGCUGACCAGUUUGAACAACUGCCAAUGCAUUUUAUGGCAUUCCAUGGCCAGGAGAGUUUAAAAAGAGUUAUAGAUACCAUGGACCACGCAGUGUACGUCCAUGACAUCUCCCACAUUAUAGUGGACAACCUGCAGUUUAUGAUGGGAAUGGGACAACUGGGGGACAGGAACCGCAAUUUUGAUAGGUUAACUCAACAGGAUGAGGUGGUGGCUGCCUUUCGCCAGUUUGCAACUUCCAAAAACUGCCACGUGACCUUGGUCAUUCAUCCGAGAAAGGAACCAAAUGGAGAAGCCCUUCACAUUGGGUCCAUCUUUGGCAGUGCUAAGGCAAGUCAAGAGGCAGACAACAUACUGCUGCUGCAGCUAGUAGAAAAUAUGAAAGUCACGACACAACCAAAAAAGUAUAUACAGGUGGCAAAAAAUCGCUUUGAUGGUGAUUUGGGCAGCAUGCUUCUGAAGUUUGACAAAGACUCCCUUAGUUUUGGGUCAAAACCAUCUACAAGCAAACCAUCUACAGAGGAAAAUAUACAGGAAACUAUACAACCUAACAAUCAAUUACACAGUGAACAUUCUGAAGAAGCAUCUGAUGAGGAACUUUAAUUCCCAGAGAAGCAUCACCUGUGACAUAUCAUAAACACAAAGGACUCCACACAACAAACAUAAUGCUGACAUUUCAAUGACAAUUUUAAAGGUACAGUGGUAACCAUAAUAGUUCCUUCAGAAUAAUAGAUUAACUCCAGAUUUAUUAACUCCACAAAAUUUCAACAUCUUGCAAGAUCCAUUCUGUAUCCUGUUUUUAUUUUUUUAAAUAUAUCACUAUUAUUGUAACUUUGAUGAACUGCCUUACUUCCUUUAAUGAAAUGGUAAGGAGGGCACUAAGUGGAUACUAAGGAGAGAGUCCAAGUCCUAAUAGUGUAAAAUAGACUAUAGCAUUUCUUCCCGGUCAAGUACAAUUUUGUUUUAACAUAAGGUUAUUUUAUGGUCAGAAAAGCAAGGUGAUCAAAACUGUGAUAGGAAUAAACUUGUAUUGCAUAGUUCUUCUAGUCUGUUUAGAUUAGAGGUAGAAGACCAUACAUGCCAAGGUGGUGUUUCAAAGAUUACGAAGGGCUAUUUAAGAGAUUUACUUUUCUGGUGUACUGCUUUAAACUGUAUUAUUUUAUAUAAUGCCAUGGAAUUUGAAUGUAAUUUUAGUGCAACAGUCACAGCAGUGUUUGAUACUUUUGGGUGCAAGUUUUCAACAAUAUUGUUACAUUCACUGUACUUUUGACAUUUUAAUUGCAAGAAUCUUUCUGUGGCAGUUUUUAAAAUUAUAAUCUCUUCAAAUUAUUAAUAUAAUAAUGACUUUUUCAACAACCAGCCGUGUGUCAUGGUAAAAGUCUCUUAAAAUUGAACUCUUACUCAGAUUCAGUUGUUGUACCUCAUUAAUUAUUUACCAAACAAUGUUAAAUUUUUCCCCAUGCAUUUAUUUAAACUCUGUUACAUUUCCAUCUCAGGAUCAUAUGCAUUUUAAACUCUGAGCCCGCACCUCUAGAAGUGAAAUAUCUACGUCUAUAUAAUAGUAAAUUGUUAACUUAUCAUAAAAAAAACAAGGAAGCAAAUACUGUUAAGUGGACAGACAAAUGUUAUGUAUUCUUUUUUCCCCACAAAUAUCUCCCGAGACUUUUUUAGUGUUUCCCAGGCAUCUUUAUCAGUCAAGUGUGGAAUUACUGUCUCACACCUUGAAGAUACGUUUUAAAAUUAAAAAUAAAAAAGAUUCAUUAAAAAAACUACACAACUUCAAGAAAAAUGAUGCAAUCAGGCCAAUUUUGAAUUCAAGCAGUAUUUUAUUCCUAUGAAUCUUCUUCAAGUUCUGAGAGUAAGAAGUUUCAUCUUUUGUGGUUAUGAUAAUGUUUUGUCAGUAAUUGUGCAAUAUAACAAUGCUUAGGAGCAUAAUCGCUACCAGUUUUUAAUUUCGUACUUCUGGUAUUGUGGGCAAUUGGAAAUUUAAUCUAGCACAGCACUUGUACCCAUGGGAAGUUUGGUCAUUUCUGGAAAAUCCAAAUUUGUGAAAAAACAAACAAACUUUAAACUCCAAGAAAAAUUAUCCAAAUGUAUGUAAAUGUUAUAUACCUAGUAGCACAAGCAUACUCCUUGCGUCCAUUGUUAAUGUCAUAUCAGUGAAGUGUGAUUCAAUGUCCGUAAUAAUCAAUAAACUGAAACAAUGUAA